UGGCAGUGCGGAGGUGGCGGCCCCGGAGCCUUGCGCGGCCCCCGCUCCCGGAGUGCGGCGAUGGGGCUGGGCUCUAGCUCUGAGAUCCCCGACGGGGGCGCUGAGGGCUUUCAUGUGCACGGGCACGAGCAAUGAAUUAGAUGUCAGGUAAAUGAUGUAGCCACUCUACCAUGGCAGCAUCAGCUGGAAACAUCAAGCGUAUCCAUCCACCAUCAAGAUGUUAAAGAGGGCGAUCCAUUACCAGAUGGCAGCUGUUUGUUCUUGAGCUCCUCAGAAGCAGGAUUGGGAGCCCCAACAGUAAAAAUGUUCAAGAAAACUCUCCAGCUCAGCAGGCCGGGUUGGAACCAUUCUUUGACUUUAUCAUCACAAUAGGACACACCAGGCUAAAUAAAGAAAACACCAUGUUGAAAGAUCUGCUGAAGGCAAAUGCUGAGAAGGCAGUGAAGCUGGAGGUGUACAACAUCAAAUCGAUGAAAGUGCGCGAGGUGGAGGUGAUCCCUAGCAACAUGUGGGGCGGGCAAGGGCUUCUCGGAGCCAGUGUGAGGUUCUGCACUUUCCAAGGAGCCCAUGAACACGUGUGGCAUGUUCUGGACGUAGAACCCACUUCCCCUGCAGCUCUAGCUGGUCUGCAGCCCCACACAGACUACAUUGUUGGAUCAGAUCAGAUACUUCAGGAGUCAGAGGAUUUCUUCUCACUGAUUGAAUCCCAUGAGGGGAAGCCAUUGAAGCUGAUGGUGUAUAACACGGAAACCGAUUCCUGCCGAGAGCUAUUCGUAACUCCCAAUGGAGCCUGGGGUGGAGAAGGAAGUUUAGGAUGUGGUAUUGGAUAUGGCUAUUUGCACAGAAUUCCAGCACAGCCUGUUAUGCCAAAGAAGAAGCAAGAAGAAAUCAAACCACCUUCACCUUUGCCAUCGGAAGACAGAUCCCCUGUGCCAUCUACAAAUGGCUACAUAGAGGCUCCAUUGUUGGCACCUAAUUCCCAAAGGGACAGCUCUGAAGAAGUUAUGAACUUGGAUGAAUCCACGGGUCAAGAAAUGAAUAUGUAUUCAAUGGAAAACGCACUUCUCCCUCCUCCUCCUCCUCCUGUCCAGAGAGUUAUGGAUCCAGGUUUUCUAGAUGAGUCUGGUGUUUCAUUUCCUGAAAUUGUUGACUUAACGAAAAUGCCUAACUUACCUUCCUCUGCCCCCUUCAACAUGUCAGCUGCAGAAUCUUUGGCAGGGACUGAAAGUUUAAUACCUAACGAUGGAACAACUACUUAUUUUGAGCAUGCCAUGGCUUCAGUCCCUGCAGAUCUAACCGCAUACGCUGAGGGCUCAGUUACACAGUCACAGUUGGACCAUUUAAUGCCUUCACUGUCCCCUUUACCAUCCUUUGCUCUUCCUAAUGAUAUUUCUUCAAAGGCAACACUAAGAACAGAUUCUGAUGCUCAAGAAACUGAACUACUUGAGGGCUCACCAUCCACUAACCCACUGAAACUUGACAGCGAUGAAAAGACACAGGAACUGAAAGAAGCUAUACAAGACUAGCACUAAAAAGGACACUUCCUUAUGUCGUCAAGCUGCAGUCUGCCAUAUGCUGUCAUGCUACAUCUCGAAUGUUGACUUUUUGAUCUCUAGAGAUAACUACAACUAUUCUAUUUUGUUAGCAUAGGCAACGCUGUAAGAGUAUACAGGUCCCAUACGCAGCACUUGUUCUCUUAUUAUCUCUUCUUGGCAUUGUUUGCUAGAUGGAACUUUUAUUUAAAUGUUAUGCAAACUCGGAUUAGUCUAUUGAUCAUGCAUCUAUUUGUCCUUUCAAAAAUAUCAGUUUUUAAAGAUUGAAUAAUCUGCUGGAGAUUAGAAAAACUCACUAAUUUUUCCUCUGUUAACAAACAUUAUUACAAUUGUUUUUAAUUUGUUGAUCCAAAGGCAUAAUUGCCUUUAUGUAAAGAAUAAGCUACAUUUUAAUGACUAUAUUUCCCUGGUAUCUUUUACAGCAUUUAAGAAAAAUGCUAGUCAUAAUUUUGACUUUCCGGAAAACAAUUUUUACAUCUUGACCCAAUUUUCCUGAACACACACAUCACACUUUUAGAUCAUAUAGUUUCAAAAGAAACUUUGUUUUACACAGACUUCUUAAUUAACAUGAAAGUAAUGCAAACUUUAUUUAACUUGUUUUGGAACUGACUAAGUGUUCCACUGCCUUUCAUUUAGGGAGUCAAUGGGAGUGAAUUUACUGGUUGCCAUAAAGUUAUUUUUGCAGGAAAUAGUAUACGUUAGAAAGUGCAACAUAUACUGGGUGACACAGAACUGCAAGUGGCUGUGAUUGGCAUUCAAUAGAUUGUUCAUUGGUCUAGAUGGUGGUCUUUUACAAAGAACUUUUUUAAAUGAAGAAGUUGUAAGGGAAAUGUUUUUGUGGAGUUAAAAAUUAACUAAGUUGAUUUCUGUUUAAUCAGACUAUGGUUUUAAGAUGAAGCACAUGGUUUGCUUCUGGGAUGACUAAAAUUUUAUUUUAAAUGGACAUGAAUAUUCUGUUAGAGGUAAUGGGUUGACAGUGAAUAGUCUUGGUACUGAUUUUUAUUAAUCUAUUGUGUAUUUUCCCAUUUCUUAAUUAUUUUUGAUAUAAAUCUAUGUGUAAAACACUGGAAUAGAACAUGUUGUGUAAUAAUGUGUACUGCUUUUA